UUCUCACAGCCUAGAAAUGGCAAGCCUCAAUGACUUGGUGCAUAUUCUUUUGCUUUCCUGUUCCUUGAUGAUCUUCAACACUGGCUGUAUGGCAGACUCGCUUUCAGACCCUCCUCCCCCUGUGAAGUCGGCCUAUUAUCCUUCAUGGUUGUCAGAUGAUUUCCCACCUUCAGCUAUAAACACAUCAUUCUUCACUCACAUCUUCUAUGCCUUUCUUGUGCCAAACGAUGUCACUUUCAAAUUUGACUUGUCAAAUUCAACAGCUUUGCUUCUCUCCAAUUUCACCACCACCCUCCAUCACAAACAUCCACCAGUGAAGACCCUCUUGUCCUUAGGUGGUGGCGGAGAUGACCCAGAACUACCUAAAAUCUUUGCUCGCAUGGCCUCGGAGCCCUCCUCACGUUCACAUUUCAUACACUCUGCCAUAGAGGUUGCACGUAAGUUUGGGUUUGAUGGGCUGGAUCUUGAUUGGGAAUUCCCUAAAAGCCCAAAAGAAAUGAAGGACUUGGGCCACUUGCUCAAAGAAUGGCGCCACGCACUCAAGAAAGAGGCUAAAUCCACAGCCCGCCCUCCUCUCCUACUCACCGCCGCCGUCUACUUCUCGGCCGACUUCUUCUUGGCCAAUGUCCCCCGCUCCUACCCAAUGCCGCACAUGAAUAAAUACUUGGACUGGAUUAAUGCAAUGUGUUUCGACUAUAACGGGGCUUGGAGCAAUACCACAGGGCCCAAUGCAGCAUUGCUUGACCCGAAGAGUAAAGUAAACUCCAUAUACGGGCUUAGGUCAUGGAUCAAGGCCGGGAUACCCCCAAAGAAGCUAGUUAUGGGCUUGCCACUCUACGGCCGGACAUGGGAGCUCAAAGACCCAAAUAAUCAUAGUAUUGGAGCUACUGCUGUUGGGCCAGGCCCAGGAGAUGGGCAGCUGUUGUUCCAUCAGGUGGAGACACUGCUGAACCAGUCGGGCGCAACCGUAGUGUAUGACGUGGACACUAUGACAGUAUAUUCUUUUAACGGGUCUUCAUGGGUUUCGUUUGAUGAUGCGUUUACUACAACCUCCAAGAUAGGGUAUGCUCAAGCCCUUGGGCUUCGUGGAUACUUCUUUUGGGCCCUCACAUAUGAUAGCGACUGGAAGAUUUCGGCGCAAGCUUCAAAUUCAUGGAUUCUCGACGAAUGAGAAGAGUGUUACAUCUCCUACAUUAUCUUCUUGCUCCGAUUUUACAGGAGAUUUCAGCCGUCUAGAAUGAAAUUUCUAAUUGAUGAUCGUAUAGAAACUCGCAGCUAUUUUCGUGUUUAAUAUAUAUAAAGCAUCAAUUCAUUGAGUGACUAGUGAUUAUUGAAUUGAAUCCAAUUUAUUUUAUGUGUGGUAGAGGAUUAAUUUAAGUAGGUUGGAGAUUUGUAUUUACAUUAUGAAAGGAAAAUAAAUGUACAAUUGUUUUGCGUGCAAUAAUAAGUAGGCUGACAAGUUACAAACGUGCGGCCUGCAUGUACGUGUCCAUGUUAUCAAAUUUUGAAGUCAUUGUUAUCGAACUUGACGAGCAGCCAGGUUGAACACCUUAUUCUGAUUUCGAUUAUGGAUUAGUUCAUCUCAAUCAA